UUCGGCCCUCAUUCUUAUUUAUUUUUGUGUUCCCUGUGGUCGCGAUAAGGUAUUUUCUUAUUUCGGUAAUAAAAAGAAUAUAUUUCAAAACGGCAUCAUAUCUGAGAUCAUUGUUGUUGAACAACAAACAUAUUUUCGGUGGAAUUUAUAUAAAACGAGGUAUAAUUUGUGGAAUAACAUCAACAGAAAUGAGUGAAAAGCCUACAACUUCCCAAAACAAAACCAAAGAUGAGAAUGAAGCAGUUGCUGAAGGAACAGAUGAGGAUACCACUAUGGAUGCCAUUCGAAAGUUCUUCACUCAAAAAUUGAAUUUGGUAACAACUUUAGAUGAAGAAGAUGGAGCCAAUAAGAAAGCUUUUGAAAAUCUGACAUUUGAAGGACUAUGCGACCACUGGAAGUCCAAAGGUUUCAAGAACAUAAUCACUAUGGUUGGAGCUGGUAUCUCAACAUCUGCUGGUAUUCCCGACUUUCGUUCACCUGGAUCUGGACUAUAUGAUAAUUUACAAAAAUACAAUUUACCCCAUCCAUCGGCAAUAUUUGAAAUGGAUUAUUUCGAAGAAAAUCCUCAACCAUUUUUCGCUUUAGCCAAAGAGUUAUAUCCGGGUUCAUUUAAUCCAACACCGUCACACUAUUUUGUACGUCUUCUGCAUGAAAAGGGUCUAUUGUUACGACACUAUACCCAAAAUAUUGAUACAUUGGAGAGAAUUGCUGGUAUACCAGACGAUAAACUGGUAGAAGCUCAUGGUACAUUCUUUACCAAUCAUUGUUUGGGUUGUCGUAAACUCUAUUCCAUGGAAUGGAUGAAGGAACAAAUAUUUAGCGAUAGUGUACCAACAUGUGAGGAGUGCAAUUCGGUGGUUAAGCCAGACAUUGUAUUCUUCGGUGAAAAUUUACCCGAAAAGUUUUACACACUACCGGCAAAGGAUUUUAACAAAUGUGAUUUGCUUAUUAUUAUGGGUACCUCAUUGGAGGUACAGCCGUUUGCAUCACUUAUCGAUAGGGCGGGUCCCAAAUGUGUACGUUUGCUCAUCAAUCGUACCAAGGUGGGCAAUGAUUUCGGUGGCAUUGGUGCAUGGUUUAUGAUGGGACCGGGUCUUAUGUUUGAUAAUCCCAAAAAUACACGAGAUAUUGCCUACAUUGGUGACUGUGAUGAUGGGUGCCUGGCAUUGGCUGAGGCUUUGGGUUGGAAGGAUGAAUUGAGUGAAUUAAUAAAAAGCGAACAUCAACGUUUGAAUAAGGAAAAUGCGGACUGCAAGGAAAAGCGGGCCAAGGAAAAAUCGAAAACUGAUGAUGACGAAAAGGAAUCGGAUGAAACAGAGGAAAAACCUGUCGAUCCCAAGAACAAGGAAAAAGAUGCCGUGUAAAAAAUAUUGGUGCAAUAUUUAAAGUUAAAUUCUUUCUAGACUUAAGAUAGGGCCCCUACUACCUACCACUAUAGCCUUUUCCCUUUAUUAUUUUUAGAAAAAAAUAGACUAAUUUAUUAAAUAAUGUGGUGUGUAUUUCAAAUACCUUUCUAUGUGUAUAUUUUAAUGAAUUUAGUCGUAUACCGAUACUGUACUGUAAAAAUAAUCAAAUAAAGAUUAUUGUAAUGACGAUUUCAAGUAAAGAACAUUUUAUUAAAAUGAGA